AUGGGAGGUAAUCAGAGGGCUCGUGUCUUCGCACUUACUCGCAAGGAAGCGGCGGAUGCCAAAACCGUUGUCACAGGUACGGUUUUAGUCCAUAAUGUGCCUGCUUAUGUAUUGUUUGACUCGGGAUCGAGUCACACCUUCAUCUCUACUGCGUUUGUUCGUCAGACCCUAAAGGCAAGAUUGAUCCAACUGGACAUGCGGGAUUUUGACGUCAUAUUGGGCAUGGAUUGGCUAGCUACCAACCAAGCCAACAUUAAUUGCUCGAGAAGGGAAGUCUCUUUCCAACUACCUUCGGGUCAGAGCUUUACGUUUAAAGAAGUUACGGGUGGAGUUCCAAGGGCAGUCUCGGCGUUGAAGGCAAGGCGCCUAUUACAGAAUGGUGCUUGGGGAUAUUUGGCCAGUGUCGUCGACAUUAGUGUGACUCCGCCCAAUAUCGACUCCGUCCACGUGGUCAAAGAGUUCCCAGAUGUGUUCCCUGAAGACCUUCUAGGGCUACCCCCUGUCCGUGAACUGGACUUUUGCAUCGACUUAUUACCCGGGACAGCCCCUAUUUCGAAGGCACCGUACCGCAUGUCUCCAGCGGAACUUGAGGAGCUCAAGGCUCAACUAGAAGAGCUCUUAAGGGCUUCAUUAGCCCGAGCGUGUCUCCUUGGAGUGGCCUUCCUUUACCACAUAGUCACCAGGGAAGGUAUUGUCGUGGACCCGGCCAAAGUAGAGGCGGUCAGUGGUUGGCCAAGGCCUCGCACAGUGACCGAAAUCCGCAGUUUUCUCGGACUAGCUGGCUAUUACAGAACGUUCAUCCAAGAUUUCUCUCGGUUGGCGGCGCCCUUGACUCAGUUGACCCGUAAGAAUGCCACAUUCGCUUGGAGCGAUGGGUACGAGAAAAGUUUUCAAGAACUAAAGGAGCGUUUGGUCACGUCCCCGGUGCUAACAGUACCGGAUGGGACGGGAGGUUUAGUGGUGUAUAGUGACGCUUCGCGAAGAGGUUUGGGUUGCGUUCUGAUGCAACAUGGGAAAGUCAUAGCCUAUGCCUCGCGGCAGUUAAAGGAACACGAGCUUAAUUACCCCACCCAUGAUUUGGAGCUUGAUGCGAAAGAACUUAACCUAAGGCAGAGGGGGUGGUUAAAAAUGGUAAAGGACUAUGACUGUGGGAUCAAUUACCAUCCGGGCAAGGCGAACGUGGUGGCCGAUGCACUUAGUAGGAGGGCAACGAGCAUGGCACCUCCGACAGUGCCUCGUAGACCAGUACUAGACGAGUUGGAUCGUUCUGAGGUGGAGUUAGCGGUGGAAGAUGUCUCGGCAGUGUUAGCUCGACUCUCAGUUGAACCCACUUUAAGACAGCGGGUCAUCGCUGCACAGAGGGGAGAUCCCAGCCUGAGCAAGGGUUUCAGUAUGGUGGGUCAAGGGGAUUUUUCUCUUUUAGGAGAUACGGCUCUGCUUUAUCAGGGGAGACUGUGUGUGCCAAGAGACUUCUCUUUAAGGAAAGAUUUAUUAACCAAGGCGCAUAGUACCCCGUUCUCGGUGCAUCCUGGGAGUACCAAAAUGUAUAGGGAUCUUAAGAAGCACUAUUGGUGGCACAACAUGAAGCGCGAAAUUGCCCAGUUUGUUAGUAGAUGUCUGACGUGUCAACAGUACGGCGUUCCAUCCCAGACCGAUGGCCAGACUGAGCAUCUGAAUCAGAUUUUGGAAGAUAUGUUGAGGGCUAGCGUAUUGGACUUCGGUGGUUCUUGGGACAAAUACCUGUUCUUAACAAAGUUUGCCUACAAUAACAGUUAUCAGGCGACCAUUGCCAUGGCCCCAUACGAAGCUUUGUAUGGGAGGAAGUGUAGGUCGCCGGUGCAUUGGGACGAGGUCGGUGAGAGGGUCCUGUUGUGA